UCCAAACUCCAGAACAGCAGGUAGAAGAGGGGACUGGCCAGCUUCUUGGCUCCACCCACACCUGGGCACAAUCCCAUCUUGCUACACCUACAGGGAGAAAGAGAUAUAGAUAUAUAUAGAUAUCUACAUGGCCCCAACUUUUAGACAAUUCUUUUGCAUCUUUGGCACUAUCACUGCCAUUCCACCAGCUCCAGCCCAGCCAUGAGGAGAGAAGUUUGCACCAUUGCUUUUCUCCGAGCUGUCUUCACCGAGUUCUUGGCAACAAUGAUUUUUGUGUUUUUUGGUUUGGGCUCAGCCCUGAAGUGGCCAUCAGCCUUGCCAAGCGUCCUUCAGAUUUCCCUGGCAUUUGGCUUGGCAAUUGGCACAAUGGUACAGACCUUUGGUCAUAUCAGUGGCGGCCAUAUCAACCCAGCAGUGACCAUAGCCUUCUUCGUUGGGAACCAGAUCUCUUUCCUUCGGACUUUGUUUUAUGUCAUGGCUCAGCUGCUGGGGGCCAUUGCUGGUGCAGGCAUCCUUUACGGAGUGACCCCCAACAUUGCCCGUGGUAACUUGGCAGCCAAUGGGCUCAGCAAUAACACAACAGCAGGUCAGGCUGUGGUAGUGGAGAUAAUCCUGACUUUUCAGCUCGUCCUGUGUAUUUUUGCCUCAACUGACAACCGCCGAAAUGACAAUGUGGGAUCCCCAUCUCUGUCCAUUGGAUUGUCUGUCACCCUGGGCCACCUGGUGGGGAUCUAUUUUACUGGCUGCUCUAUGAAUCCUGCCAGGUCUCUUGGGCCUGCAGUUAUCAUGAAAAGAUUCACCUCUGCUCAUUGGGUGUUCUGGGUUGGACCCAUUUCUGGAGGCAUUCUAGCUUCUCUGUUAUACAACUACCUGCUGCUCCCCCACUCAAUGAAUAUGUCUGAAAGAGUUGCCAUCAUCAAAGGUACCUACGAGUCAGAGGAAGAGUGGGAAGAGAAAAACAUGGAAAUGUCUUCUCCGUAAACGAAAGAGAGCAGAAGGAGAGGGAGAAAAGGAACUGGAUGGCUUGCAUGACAAUAAACACUCACUGUAUGCCAUGUAAGCCCAAGAAACUUCCCCCAGUGCCCAGGACUUGAAGGGGGAAUGGGAAGAGCUUACCUGCCUAAAUAACUGUCUUGAACUGAGGCUGCAUGUACGUGAAUGCAUGGGAGAACAUGGCUCAUUCAAACAGCAAAACCAGACAAGGACAGUGUCUUAACCUCCUGGACCCUGCAAAAAUCUGGAUGUGCUCCAGGACUGUUCUAUCCACAUUUCUAUUCUUUGCAACAGGGUACAGACUACAGUCAUUUGACAUCUGACUUCCUGGCAGGGGCUCAGAAUUUGUCACUACAGGUCUAUUGAUAUGCUGUAGGCUUUGGGGGCACAGUGGCUUGAGCUCGUCUCAUCUAUGCACUAAUAUUUGUCACUGGGAUUUGGAAUGCAUAGGAUGUCAUUAAUC